CUCCGCCUAACUUUUCCAACUCAUCUUCUCAUCAAUAAUUCACUCUGCUUCAGUGGACCUGCUGAUUUUGCGUCGUGUUUUAAAAAGAAAAAGUCAGUCAGACCCGAGCGAAGCUGCUGCUGCUGUCCGCCCUGGCUGCAGCAGAGUCCGGAGCUGAGCGGACUGCCUCCUCCUCUGCACUCAGGUUCAAACGAAACACUGAUGCUCCAGGCGAGUCUCCAGGGGUGGGUCUGAAUAAAAAGAACCAUGGCACACUGUAAUCAGCGGUCACCGUCCUCUCCCUCUCACGACGAAGUCAAUUUGGGACCCUCUGCAAACCCACAUGCCAGACCCACUGACUUUGACUUCCUGGCCGUCAUUGGUAAAGGCACCUUUGGAAAGGUCCUGCUUGCCAAGCACAAAGCCGACGGCAAGUUCUACGCUGUGAAAGUGCUGCAGAAGAAAAUCAUCCUCAAGAAGAAAGAGCAAAAGAACAUCAUGGCAGAGAGGAACGUGCUGCUGAAGAGUCUGAAACACCCGUUUCUGGUUCGACUUCACUACUCCUUCCAGACCGCAGAGAAACUCUACUUUGUCCUGGACUACGUAAACGGAGGAGAGCUCUUCUUCCACCUUCAGAGGGAGAGGUGUUUCUCAGAGCCCAGAGCGAGGUUUUACGCAGCCGAAGUAGCAAGCGCCAUCGGCUACCUUCACUCGCUCAACAUCGUCUACAGAGAUCUGAAGCCAGAGAAUAUUCUUUUAGACUCGCAGGGCCACGUGGUGCUGACGGAUUUUGGUCUGUGCAAAGAGGGUGUAGAGCCUGAAGGAACCACCUCCACUUUCUGUGGCACUCCUGAAUAUUUGGCACCAGAAAUUCUUCGUAAAGAACCGUAUGAUAGGACAGUGGACUGGUGGUGCCUUGGAGCAGUUCUUUAUGAGAUGAUCUACAGCCUGCCUCCUUUCUACAGCCGUGAUGUUGGUGAAAUGUAUGAAGGAAUCCUCCACAAGCCCCUGCCGCUCCCUCCCGGGAGGUCUGAGGUGGUCUGCUCUCUGUUGGUGGGUCUUCUACAGAAAGACCAACACAGACGUCUUGGGGCCAUUGCUGACUUUUUAGAAAUAAAGAAUCACCACUUUUUUUCUCCCAUCAACUGGGACGAUCUUUACCACAAGAGAAUCACUCCUCCUUACAACCCAAAUGUGAGAGGCCCAGCUGACAUUCAGCAUAUUGAUCCGGAGUUUACCAGGGAGACGGUCCCUAACUCGGUGAGUCGGACCCCAGAACUCAACGCCAGCACCAGCGCCAACAACGCCUUCAACGGCUUCUCCUUUGUCGCCACCGAGGACAGCUUCCUGUGAGAUGAAAAAAAGAGUUGAAAUUCAACAUUUAGAGGAAACUGUCAGUAAAACGGGAGCCAUUACUUCAUUGAGUAAAGAUCCUAUAAAUGCAUAAGCUGUCAGAAUCUCUUCUGGUGUGCAGCAGAGGGUGAGCGUCUGGGUGGUGGAGAUAUUCAGUUAGAAGCAUCUGCAUCAUGUAUGCAAAAUAUCUUCAUGCAGUUAAUUUGAAGGUUUGAGAUCAUGUACGUGAUGUCAAAUUGUUAAACCCUGUCGCUGCAAUGACUAAAAGCAUCUGCUGCUUUUCAACUAUUUUAAUAUAUUUAUAAGCUCUAAAAUGUUUGAAAGAAAUUGGCAAAACCAUGUACAACACCAGUCUCCAUCACUUUUCUGUGUCAUGUUUGGGUUUGUCUGUUUUACUACAAAAAUCUAGUUGUGAAUUAACUUUUUUUGGCAAAUGGCUGAGUCUGAAACGGUUCAUGUUAUUCUUUAAUAAACCAAAGAAAUACUGAAUGAAAGAGAGAAGGAGGUGCUAAACAUAGCUUUAAUGUCAACAAUAAAACACUGAGUAACCAGGGAGGUGUAAAACAGUGGCUAGUGGUCACCACAGCAGUGUCAUUAUGUUAGUUAAUGUGUUAAAUGUGUUCAUGUUAAAAAAUACUCUGUAGCAAUCAUUUACACUGCAGUGUGCACAUUAAAGUUGUUUAUUGUGGGAACUUGAACUUGAUUCGUUUUUGUAUAUUGUAACUGGGGGAAGUUCAGUGAAAUUUGUGUAGACAACAAUAUAUUCUGUAGAUAGAUUUGUUUUGUUAGUAGUUUGUAAAUUGUCAUGCCAGUGCUGAAUCUAUCUUAUGUAAAUAUUCAGCAAUUAUAUUUGUGCUAAUGUGAUUUAUUUUGAUUUUUAAAAAUCACUUAAUUAAAAUAAAUACAUUUGUAUAUUUUAUAUAAAACAGAGUAUUUCCAUUUUUGAGCAUAGCUUGCACAAAUGUAUAUGAACACCUUUGAAAGUGUGUUUCUGUGAAAACAAAUCUUAAAUGUCUAUUAAUUUUAUGGAAUAUUAGCUGUAACCCUCCUACCUUUGGGUCAAAAUGACCCUCAGUUUUAGCUUUGAGGUCUUGUUGGGUAUUUUGAUCCGAGGGCAGUAGGAGGGUAAUUUCGUACUUCAAAAUAUAAUCUCAAGGUGCAAAUGUUAUUCUGACUUCUGACCUUUAAACUGUAACACUGUGUGCCAUGUUGUCCUCCAACUAAUGAUGUAAACAGAGGCUGUCAUCAGUUCUGUCAUGCCGCCUGCAGCAUCGCCAAUGUGGAUUGACAACAAGCAACUUGUGUGUUUGUGUACAUGGAAAACCUGUUAAUAAAGCAAAUAGCUGUCAAAA